UUUUUUUUGCAGUCUUAUUAUAUAUCUGGAUGCACGGUCAAACAAGCAAAUAAGCGCUUCAACACAACUGGUCACGACUACGAGCUUUCUAUAACCGCAAAUACUGAGAUUGCUCCUUGUCAUGACCAAAUUCCAAAACCAGCACUAGUCCUGAAAAUCUGCCCUCUUGCUAAUGUACCAAGUCACAAGGAUGAGAAUAUUGAUGUGCUUGCAGUUGUUGAUCAAAUACAGCCAGUAAACAAGUUCAUCUCGAGGCAAGGACGCGAAUGCGUGAAACGUGAUAUAAAUUUGAUUGAUCAAUCGAGUACAGUGGUCCAAUUAACGCUAUGGGGUGAUCAAGCCGAGAAUUUUGAAGAGCAUGCCCUUGGGCAAGUUAUAUCAAUCAAGGGAGCUUUGAAAGGUAAGAUGGCAUGCUGUUUAGGAGCGUUCAGCUUGGCUGUAGCCUCUGCUUCAAAAAUUGAGUUGAGCCCACAACUCGAUGAGGUUCCAGUGCUUUAUGAAUGGUACACUAGCGAAAGAGGGUCAGUCGAUGCUAAGACCAUCAGUAUGGCUGCUUCUGGUGGAAGUGACGCAUUUGGACGAGAUCUACGCUUCAUUGGAACCGCAACCGCACUUCAGCUUGGAAAUGAGGCAGCAUUACCAAAUGGGCGAUAUAUGAACCUGAAAGCCAUGAUUACUACUAUAAAAACGGAUACUGCUCUCUACCAGAGUUGUCCAAAUGAAGGAUGCUCAAAGAAGGUCGUGCAAUUAGGUAUUGACCAGUACAGGUGUGAGAAAUGUGACUCGUCAAGCGACACAUUCAAAUGGGCAUACAUGGUUCAG